AUGAGCCGGAUUCGCUCGCAGUCGGAAGAAAUUCUUGUCGAUGACGACUCGGAUUCAUCGCUAGAACUGAGAAAUGAACACGUCCUGGUGACAGGCGGAGCCGGAUACAUUGGCUCUCACACGGUCCUUCGACUGCUGCAGCAAGGCUACAAAGUCUCAGUUAUAGACAAUCUAACCAAUUCCUCUCAAGAGUCACUUCGGCGAGUCGCUGCCGUCGCUUCUUCCACUGUCUACUUUUAUCAUGGCGAUCUCCGUGACUUUGCUUUUCUCGAUCGUGUGUUUAGCUCGCAGAGCUUUUGGGGCGUCAUCCAUUUUGCCGCACUAAAAUCCGCGCCAGAAUCAGUAGCAAAGCCGCUUGACUAUUACGAUGUGAAUGUCGGUGGUACCUUGUCACUGCUGCAGGCAAUGGUAAAGCAUGGUGUUAGUCGACUCGUGUUCUCUUCCACCGCUGCCGUUUAUGGCACCCCCCGCUCGGGGAUUGACGUUAUACCGGAGACACACGAAACUCAUCCUGCAAACCCAUACGGCCGCACAAAGCUUGCGACAGAGUACAUGAUUCGUGAUGUUGUGGAAGCCUACCCAAACUUUGGAGCCGUUCUGCUGCGAUACUUUAAUCCGGUUGGCGCUCACGAGAGUGGCAUUAUCGGUGAAGAUCCCAAGGGAAAACCUGGAAAUCUUAUGCCGUUCGUGUUACAAGUGGCUGCUGCCACGCGCGGUCAUUUGGACGUGACGGGUACCGAUUGGCCAACCCACGAUGGCUCCGGAGUCCGUGACUUUAUUCAUGUUGUAGAUCUUGCGGAUGGUCACAUAGCGGCGCUUGAGCACGCAGACAAGAUAGCUCGAUGUGAGGGCAGUUGCGAUAUAUUCAAUAUGGGAACGGGAAAAGGUACAUCGGUUCUGGACAUGAUCCAUGAAAUGGAAAGGGUGACUGGACGGUCCAUACCAUGGAAGGCGUCUCAGCGGAGGCCAGGAGACGUCGCCCGAGUUGUAGCGGACCCAACAAGUGCCCAGCAGAUUUUAAACUGGUCUGCAAGAAAAUCGCUGAAACACAUGUGCCAAGACGCAUGGAGAUGGGUCCAAACCAAUCCUUCCGGCUAUCACCCUGCAGACGCAGUAAAGACGCAGAAGAAAGUACGCGAUGUUCGGUUGGGGUUAACAGCCUGA